ACUAGAUGGUGUGCAGGCGAAGAGAGAAGAACGACAAGUAAACGUAGAACUAGAAGACAGUACAAGUGUACCACAGAUAACUUUUUACUUGCCAAUAAUAUUACAUUCAGAUUCGGAUAUUAUUAUAAUAGGUGAUCUUUUUAAUUGGGCAUAGUAGAAUAUCGACGCAAACAAUGUUUUGUCACAUUAUCUCUUCCCAUGUUGUAUUAUAAAAUUAAGGAAAUAAAAUAAAUUUGUAAACUAUGUUCAAAUUGUUUUUAAAUUGUGCCAUGCUUUUAUCAUACGAAAUAAUAAAUCAUUUGAGUCUAUUUUAACCAUUUUUUUUAACAUGUUUGUUAAAAUUUCAGAGAGUCUUUCACAACAGAACAUACGGUGUCUGCUUAGAACGCCUGGUUCCCUCUGUGUGUGAAAUUCUGAACGAACGGUGUUCAAAAUAUGAUCACCGAACACCUUUUAGUGUUCAUUAUCUGUUUCAUGCAGUUGAACACCUUAUUGUAUUCUAAAAAGAACACGUUUUACGCGUCCGAUGUGUUGAAAGACCAAGGGGGAAAAGUUGAACGUAUAGUGUUCUAAAAACAGAACACAUUUUACGCGUCACAAGUGUUCUAAAAUCCAGAGGGAAACCCAUUUAAAACUGAACACAUACUGUUCUGAAAGUAAACACAUAGUGUUCUGAUAGAAGAAAGACGCGUAAGAGUGUUCAAAAUCUGUUUCAAAAUAGUGUUCUAAAAUGGCGUAUUUGGUGUUCUAAAAGUGGACGCUGGGUUUACAGUGCAGGAGACGUUGUUUCAUUUCCAAAUUAAUGAAAUUAAAAGUUUUCUUUCACAAUAUCGAGUGACAAAGCUGCGAGCUUAGGCAAAUGUAUCAAAUCUUAAGAGAUGUGUAACAUUUUAAUUUCAGGGUUAUUAUGUAAGAACAGAAGAAUAUUUGAAAAUGGUUGACUGGGAAAUUCGUGGAUGUUUCCCUGUUCCCAUACUACACUCAGCUCUUUUAAUAGAUAUACGGCGUAGUAUUACUCAAGAUAUAGCGUACACCCCUCCAUUGCCUGGAUAUGACGGACCAUAUAAUGAUAUUAUAAUAUUUGCACAUUCUGUAAAGGCCGCAGCAAUAUCAAUGUUUAUUCUAAAUACAAGAUAUUUUGGUAAAGUAAUGGUGCAAUUAGAUAGUCAAUAUUCUUUAGGGGAAGAAAUUGAGCAGUUUGCUUACCUUAGAAUUGAAACAAUGGUGGAAGGGCCGCCAUUAUAUAGAUCUAAACAUGUAUAUGUACCUCCUAUACCUCAGAGUAAAUUAGGUUUUGAUGAGAUUUAUAUCCUACAUUUACUACGUCGACCCGAGAGAAAAACAAUAAUGAGAAACACUUUAUAUGGUCUUGGAAUAGAUUUCAUCUUUUUUGAUGCUUCUGAUGAAAAAAACUUGAAUGAUACGUAUCUGGAUAGUCUUGGUAUUAAGAUGCUACCUGGAUAUAGGGAUCCUUACCAUGGAAGGGUUUUAACAAUGGGAGAAAUUGGUUGUUUUCUUAGUCAUUACAGAAUCUGGGAAGAGAUUGUGUCGAAAAAUUAUGAAAAAAGUAUAAUAUUUGAAGAUGAUGUUCGAUUGGAAUUGUUUUAUAAACGUAAACUAGCAAAACUGAUGAAAGAAGUGGAGGAGUUUGUACCUAAUUGGGAUCUGCUAUACCUGGGUAGGACCGAAUUAGAUCCUGACAGUGAAGUUAAGGUAAAAGGCAGUUCAACAUUAAUCUGGCCGAGUUAUUCAUACGGGUCAUUUGGUUAUAUUCUGUCGAGGAGAGGAGCUGAUAAAUUAUUAUCACACAAACCUUUACAUCGAAUGGUGCCAGUUGAUGAAUAUCUUCCAAUACUAUUUAAUAAACACCCAAAAGAAGAAUGGAAUAUAUAUUUUAACCCAAGGAAUCUAGUUGCGGUUUCUGCUGACCCUCUAUUACUUGAACCAAGAACUUUUAUGGAUGAAAACAAUUAUAACUCAGACACAGAAGACUCCCCAGUCAUUGAAACCGAUGACAAUGAUACAGAUAAUGAAGAUUCAGAAGUUGAUAAUACUGAAAGUUAACAUUUGAUUUUCUGUCAACAUUACAUGGACAUUGCUAUACAUUCUUACUUCCUGUAUGUAUGAGCCAAGUUGAAAAUUAAAGUGUUUCUAUAAAAAAAAUAAUUCAUUCGAAAUCACCCAAUUUUAUCAAAAUUCUGAAAAUUUAUUAUUCGGACCAGAAGACAGAAACAAUUCUGAAGAAAUUGUUGUUUUGUAGUACAUAACUUCCUCGACAUCUCCCAAAGAAUU